GGGGCGGGGCCCCCCGCCGCGCGGAAGGGGCCGGCCGGGCCGAGCCGGGCAGCAGUACGCGCCCGGCGGCGGGAGCGGCGGUGCCGGCAUGGGACGGGGCACUGCCCCGGCGGGGACCUCUAUUAACAAUGUGAGGAGGGGAUCACACAAGCAUGCUGUGGAUUUCUUAUCUGUACAUACCACUUGAUUAUUGUCUAUCUUUUACUGAUCAACCCAAAAAGAGAGAAAGAUCAAACAAAAAUUGUGGUCUUGUCAGCUCUGCCCAAGAGCCACCUGCAUUUUAUGACUCCUUUUGGAGAAACUACCUGGACUGUUAGAAAUGAAGCAGCUCAGGCUGCAUCUCUGAUCAGCAGAGCUGCCUGUGUGGAGUACAGAAAUCAAGUUGCCUUAAGUCAAACCAUAUGCAGGUUGCACUAAUUGUUGUAACUCUACUGCUGAUACCACUCCAGAUUUCACUAGGACUUUCCAAGACAGUAGUUUCUCAUGUAGCUUGAAUGUUUUCAACUGAUGUUUGAAUAUUUCUAUUCAGUCAGGUGUGGCUGUGAAAAGUCAAAGGAGUUUACUUUUUCCUGCUAAAUUAAUGGUGAAUUUUGAAGCCUCACUUCCAAGUGGGAUCCGUGCUAUGGCAGCAACCUACAGGGUUAUGGUCACAACUGUGAACUGCUACAGCAGCGUGGUGAUAGAGCAGCACUUCCAGCACACAGUGCAUUACUGCACAGGGGCUUGUCAGGUGUUCAAGCAAGGAGUUGCAUGUAUAGUUGCCCACCACAGUGUGUGUGCAGAACUCAGUGUCCAAGAUGACCACAAAAUUCCUGUUUCUGAAAAUGGGCUUGCCUUGCCUGGAAAUGAGGACUAUCAGCAAAUACUCCUUAAUAACCCAAGAAUCAAAAAGGGCUCUUCAGUGCAAGCUUCCAGCAGUUUAAAAGACAUUACUGGUGAGGCAAUAAAUCUCGCCAGUGGUAAAAUAAAGGAAUUCUCAUUUGAGAAGCUCAAAAGCUCUUCCAAUCACGUGGCCUACAGAAAGGGGAGGAAAGUUCGGUCAGAAUCGUUCAGCAGACGAUCAUUUGAUUUUGACAUGAUUUAUGGGCACUUCAGCAAUGAUGAGAACUCUCCUCCGUAUGGCUUUUUGCAGAGUCCCUCACCUGUGGAGAAAUGGCAGGAGAGCAAUGAUGCUCCAGAAGUCAGUAUGAAUCCCGUGGUUCCCUUCUCUCCUCAUUCCUUCUCUGAAGAAAACUUCAUUACCCAAAUUUUGGAGAAGCACAAGCUGGAUGGCUCUUCUGGUGGAGAUAUUAAAGUGUGCUUAGACAUCUUGCUCAAGUGCUCAGAGGAUCUGAAAAAGUGCACUGACAUAAUAAAGCACUGCAUCAAAAAGAAAUCGGCAGACAGUGUUAGUGGAGGGAAUAGCAGUGAUCCUCUGGCUAGUUCAGAAAUGAUAUACGUGAAUCUGAUGAGAAGAUUUUCUUUGUACCUGAAAAAGCUACCCUUUGAGCUCAAGCCACCUGGGCACAAGGAGGCCAGUGAUCUUGGAGAAUUAGUGAACUGUUUUCAUGGCUUGCAGGAGACUCCCUUUUCCCCAAUAUUUGGAGAUGAGCAGCCACCUAGGUAUGAAGAUAUUAUUCAGCUUCCAUCCUCAAAUGCAGUUCCUGUCAGACUACCAGGUGACCAGUGUGAGAUGACAGGCACCUCUCAGUCCAUCCAAACAAGCACUGUGAGCUUUACCUCAAACUCCCCUUGCAGCAUCUCACAGGAGAACAAUGUGAGAGCUGUGAAAGAUGCUUGUGUUCUACCUCAGUUACCAGCCACAAGCCCAUCUGACUGCACAUCUUCCACUGAGGUUCUGUACAUUGAGGAAGAGUCAGAUGGAGAAAGAGUGUUAGAGAAAAUAAAGAAGGCAAAGGAGAAAGGGGACUGGGAGAGUUUAGAGCAUAGUUGCCAGCUGUCUGGUUCUUCAGAUGUAAUUGCUGAUGUUAAAGCAGAACCUACCAUGGUAGGAGGUGAACUUUUCUGUGCUUCUGAGAAAAGUAAUCUUUUAAAACCAGUUUCAGAUUCUGUAUUGCGUGGUUCUCAACCUGGUGUCUCCAAAGGAGAACAGAUGUGCAAGAUAGACAAGGAUGAAAUAGAUAAACUGCUGCUGGACUUGGAGCACUUCUCACAGAAAAUGGAGAGUACUUUUCGGGAGCCCCCUCUAAAGGAGUGCGAACCUGCCCGUUUGCAGGUGUUUGGCUGGCAGGGUAGGCCGGUACUACCUGUGGCUCUUGAACCCAAAAGUAAACCCAUUGACCCCACUUCCCCUUUGUCAAAAAUCAUGGAAACCAAUGGUCAUAAAAUGGAAGAAGAUGACAGAGCCCUUUUACUGCGUAUCCUGGAAAGCAUUGAGGACUUUGCGCAGGAACUAGUGGAAUUCCAGAAAGGCAAAGGAAGCUUGUCAAAGGAGAAAGAAGUGAUGCAAAUUCUUCAGGAAACAUUAUCGACUCCUUCACAGUCCCUCCUUUCAGGGCAAAAAAGCUACGCUGGGGCUGCCUCUAGAGACUCUGUUCCAGCUUUGAUUCAGCAGGCACCAGAAGUAAUUAAGGUUCAAAGUAAACAAGAGAAGAAACCUGGAACGUCAUCCCCAGUCCCUUUGAACUCAGUGGUUAGCCCUUGUGCUCUGCCUGUGAAUAAAGCCACCAGCAGUACCCCUUUGUCCAUAAACAUUCCACGUUUCUACUUCCCUAAAGGACUUCCGAAUGUCUGCACUAAUCAUGAAGAGAUCAUUGCCAGGAUUGAAGAAGCCUUCACAGAGUUUGAAGAUGAGAAAGCCAACAUCUGUGAAAUGGGAAAAAUUGCAAAGAUAUGUGGCUGCCCACUCUAUUGGAAAGCACCUAUGUUCAGUGCAUCAGGAGGACAAAGGACAGGAUGUGUGUCUGUGCACUCAUUUGUGUCUUUGUGGAGAAAAAUUUUACGUAACUGCCAUGAUGACGCAUCCAGAUUUGCUUACCUUGUAGCGAAGCCUAGCUGUGGCUACCUUGAGCAGGAGGACUUCAUCCCGCUGCUUCAGGACGUGGUAGAAACGCACCCUGGUCUGACGUUCCUGAAGGAUGCUCCAGAAUUCCAUUCCCGGUAUAUUACAACGGUUAUACAAAGAAUAUUCUACACAGUCAAUCGGUCCUGGUCUGGGAAGAUCACCCUAACAGAGCUGAGGAAAAGCAACUUCUUGCAAACUCUUGCUCUCUUGGAAGAAGAGGAUGACAUAAAUCAAAUCACAGAUUAUUUCUCCUAUGAGCACUUCUAUGUUAUAUACUGUAAAUUCUGGGAGCUGGACACUGACCAUGACCUUUACAUCAGCCAGAAGGAUCUGGCUAGGUACAGUGAUCAAGCUUUAUCAAGCAGGAUUAUUGAGCGAAUAUUCAGCGGUGCUGUGGUGAGAGGAAAUGAAGUUCAGAAGGAAGGCCGCAUGAGUUAUGCUGAUUUUGUGUGGCUGCUGAUUUCAGAGGAAGACAAAAGGAAUGCUACAAGCAUUGAGUACUGGUUUCGGUGCAUGGACCUGGAUGGGGAUGGGGUGCUCUCCAUGUAUGAACUGGAAUACUUCUAUGAGGAGCAGUGUGAACGGAUGGAAGUGAUGGGCAUAGAACCACUGCCAUUUCAGGACUUGCUGUGUCAGAUGCUCGAUCUUGUUAAGCCAGAGAGAGAAGGACGAGUAACCCUGCGAGACUUGAAGAGAUGCAGAAUGGCUCAUGUAUUCUAUAACACGUUCUUCAAUUUAGAGAAAUACCUGGACAAUGAACAGAGAGAUCCCUUUGCAGUGCAAAAGGAUUUCGAAAAUGAUGGCCCUGAACCUUCUGACUGGGACAGGUAUGCUGCUGAAGAGUACGAGAUUCUUGUGGCCGAGGAGUCCGGGAAUGAACAGCUCCAAGAAGGAUCAUUUGAAGAAGACUAUGAGACAGAUGAAGUCUUAUCUCCCUCUGAAACUGGAGAAAAGUCAAACUAGUUAUCUCAGAUCUCUCAGCAUACAGAAAUGAAAGAUGUGUAAUCAGUAUCUGUCAAACUGGAUAGCAGUUAGUCCCAAGAUGCUGAGGGACAGUUAGGGAUUUUUCUUAAGUCUGUCAUUGGAGCAAUGUGCUUUAUUUUGUACACUGUAACUUGAAAACCCUUUUUUUUCUUCUUGUGUAACUGCAAUAAGACAAUUUCUUUAAAAUAGCCUUCUACAAUGUGUUACUGUGCACGCUCAUUAAAAAUGGUGAUUGCACCUUGUUUCCUUUAUAUCUUUCCAAAUAAAUGUCCCCAGAUGUGCAAUAAAUGCCAGCAUCUAAUGAACUAACAGAUGCAUGCAACACCUACAGCAGUCAUUGGUCCGUCGGUUCAGUCCUGUGCCAUUAUGACCCUUUGACUUUACAACAGGAGUGACAUAAGUUGCCAAAUUAAUUUAAACAUAUAUGUCUAGAAAUCAUUUAAAACACAAACCACAAUGAAGUUCUUGGUUUUGCUGGUGUCCCAAAUACCGAGGCAGAGAGGGAGAAUGAGGUCCCCUUUUGUGAUAUAAAGCUUUUAUAGAUGAUACCAAACACAUUUUAAUUGUAUGCAUAUGUGAACAGCUAAAUCACUACAUGAUGUAACAUUUCUCUUAGAAUUUAUGAUAUAAUUAACGUUUCUGCAUAUUCUACUGUGCACGAGAGGAUCUUCUGUAUGAAUACCAGUCAGGCUAGUGUUUUUUCUCUGUAGACGUGUUUUCUAGUAUAUUUUCAAGAGGCACAUACACUGUUCAUCUGGUGUGCUGGAACUGCAGUGUUCUGUGUGCUUCAAUUCUGUUUCUUUCCUGUGCUCCUCCCUUCUCUUGUACUGCUCAUCUGUAGUCUUCUGCAAAGGACUAAGCUGAUAUCAUGAAAAUACCUGCCCUACCUAUGUGUGGUAAAUUUCUAUUAGCAGGGGGACUCUUUACCUAGUAAAGAAAACCACCAGACAGUACUGAUUUUUUUUUUCUGCCCAUGAAACAGACCUAGACUCAGAGAGGAAACAGUGUAACUGAUGAAUUGUUGCUGUAAGUGCAAAAUUGAACUUUCCCCAUGGAAUUACAAGUGAUGUCUCUGGUGGUAGUACACCAUCUGCUGCUGGAGCUGUUCUCCUCUCCAACCAAUAGCUGUCUGUGAUUCAGCACAGAGGUGAUGGUAGCAGUUCUCAGUCUUAACAGUGAUUUUUACCAGUCCUCAAUCCUACCACCACAGAGAUACAUGGACAGAUGUGGUACUUCUAGUUCAGGAGGGGUUUCAGCUGCCAUACUUGACUUCAACUAUCAUAACCACGCCCAAAUAUGGAAUGCGUAAUUGCUAUGUAUACACUGUAUUUCCUGUUACCUCACUGCAUCAAUAUCACAUCAUGACUCUUCAGGACAUCUUGUGAAUUGCUGCCAGAAUGACAGAGACAACUGCCAGUAUCAGAUCUCCAAGCAGGCAGCCCCAUGUCUACACUAAAGGCAGAACUCAUUCAGUCUGUAGGUAGCUUGUGAAUACACAUGCUCACUAUUAGCCCACCAUAUUUUGUGCAUAAAAAUGCUGCACAGUGGUACAUUAAUCCCUAGAUGACAUGUCUAAGUGUUGCUGUUAAUAACAAAUAAGUAAGUGGCUGAUCACUACAACACAGCUUCAACUUUUCCAGGAGUCUUUGAAGUGUCACGCCUGUCUCCCGAUGCCCAGGUGGGACAUACUGCUGCCUUGUUGAGGUUAGUAACUUUCUCAUCAAGAUCAAAAUCUGAAAGGGAGGAAGUUAGCAGUUACACUGGGCUUGAAGAACUGUUCCCUUUCCCAUGAACAAAGUUGCUAUUUUAUCUAGGUACAUAUACACAUCCCAGGAUCCUGGAUUUUUUCAUAUACUUGGGGAACUCCUGGAUUGCCAGAUUCUUAGCAAAGGCACUUUGAGGUAAUUUCCAUUCUGCAGUAAAAGAAUUAAGGAAGGGGCACACUCUGACCAAGGCAGAAUAAGCCCCUUCAAAUGCAACAAGGACACCAGAGCAGCUCUGUUCAACACCAGGAUGUCUGAGUUACAUCUCCAUCACCACUGUGACCCUGAAAAGCUUUACUUGGAAUAGUUCCACACAGAUCCACAUUCAGAAAAAGAAGGAAAUGAUUGCAAAAGUGAACACAGGAUGAAAAUUGCACAACAGCCAAUUGUAACCAGCUCUUUCUACUUCUUUCACCUGAAAGAACCAAGGCAAAGCAUUUCACCUCUUUUCUUCAGUGAAAAGAAGUCUUCCUAAAGUGGCCUCUUACUUUUAGUUUGAUAAAAUUUUAGAUCUCUCCAAAGACAAAGAUUACUCAGAAGAACAAGAAGGACCUGAUCUAUUCCAGACUGGAAAAAAAAAAAGAGGAGUAUCCUGAGCCUGGUAAAAUCACCUGUUACAUUUUCAAGUGUUAGCUUUAGUAACGUGAGGCAGACACUCAUAGCUGUUCUUCUGUGCACUUCGGCCCUCAAACCCAAGGAUUUCUCUUUUUUUUUUUUUUCACAAACAGGUUCUCUGCUGCUCUAAGCAGAGUGAUUCAAUUUGUCCCUUCUAGCUGGGCAACACAGUGACACUAGUCUAAGGAAUAAUAAUAAUUAAAAAAAAAAAACAACUUAGAGCAAAUGUUUUGCCUCACAUACAAGAAUAAGCUACAGAAACUAUAUGUAGUCAUUU